AUCAGAGGAAUUCCUUCCAAAGAAGAGGUCAGACUGUGGCGCUGCUGCAGUCAUCAGCUCCCAGAAGACGUGGAAUAUUACUGAACACAAAUGAUCACAGCAGGAGAGAAGAACUUUUAGACGAGAGACGAGGAUCAUGGAGUUUAAAGUAAUCCGGCUUUUUGUUCUGUUUGUGGCAACUGCGAAAGCUCAAGUCAACCCAGAAGUGUGCCGCUAUCCUCUUGGAAUGACGGGAGGCCAGAUUCAAGAUGAGGACAUCUCUGCCUCCAGCUACUGGUCUGAGUCCACUGCAGCAAAAUUUGGAAGGCAACUUUUAUUCCAUUUUUAUUUUUCCGUUUCUCUAUGUGGUCAGAUAAGUCUGCCUGAACGUUCCUCUCACUGUUUCUACCUCUUUUUUUUCAGACUUGACAUUGGCGGCGGGGAUGGGGCCUGGUGUCCUGACAUUAUGUCUGAGCCGCACGGCCUCAAAGAGUAUCUCCAGGUGGACCUCAGAUCGUUGCACUUCAUCACGCUGGUGGGGACCCAAGGUCGCCACGCCGACGGCAUGGGGAACGAGUUCGCUCAAAGGUACAGGAUCAAGUACAGCCGCGAUGGCAGCAACUGGGUGAGCUGGCAGGACAGGAAGGGGCAGCAGGUCAUUGAGGGCAACAGGAACGCAUACGAUGUGGUCCUGAAGGAUCUGGAGCCUCCCAUCAUCGCUCGCUAUGUUCGCUUCAUGCCUGUCACCGACCACUCCAUGAUUGUGUGCAUGAGAGUGGAGCUGUAUGGCUGUGAAUGGCUCGAUGGUCUUGUGUCUUAUAACAUUCCAGAUGGACAGCAGAUGAUCUACAGAGACCUGGAAGUGUCCUUUAAUGACUCUGUGUAUGACGGAGCAUCGGCUGAAGGCAGUCUGACGAAAGGCCUCGGCCAGCUCACAGACGGCACCUGGGGUCUGGAUGACUUUCUGCACAGCCACAUCUAUGGCGUGUGGCCUGGCUACGACUACGUGGGGUGGAGUAACCGCACUUUCCCCAAAGGCUAUGUGGAGAUGAUCUUUGAUUUUGACCAUGUCCGAAACUUCACUUCCAUGAAGGUCCACAGCAGCAACAUGUUCAGCCGUGGAGUGAGGGUGUUCCGGCAGGUCACGUGUUUCUUCCGGUCGGAUUCGGAGUGGGAGCCCGGCCCCGUCACCUUCAGGCCCACGCCUGACAGAGUGAGCCAAAGGGCCCGAUUUGUCACCGUGACCCUCGGGGAUCGCACAGCCAAGACUAUCAAGUGUCGUUUCCACUUCAAUGAUGUGUGGAUGCUGUUCAGUGAGGUGGCCUUCCAGUCAGGUUCUGCAGUUUAUAACACAUCGAUAGGUCCUGGAAAACAUCCAAAAAACACACUACCAGUGGAUGAUCCGACUCACAAAGUGGACGACAGCAACACCAGGAUUCUGAUUGGCUGCUUGGUGGCAAUCAUAGCUAUCUUGUCAGCCAUCAUAGUGAUCAUGCUGUGGCGACAGGUUUGGCAAAAGAUGCUUGAGAAGGCAUCCCGGCGCCUUCUGGACGAUGACCUCACAGCUCGCCUAGCCAUUCAGAACCGAGCCUUCUCCUUCCGCCACUCCUCUUUAUCCAGCGACAGUGGCUCCACCUCCAACUCCACCUAUGAGAGAAUCUACCCUCUCUGCGCCGACUACCAGGAGCCUUCACGUUUGAUCCGGAAGCUGCCAGAAUUCGCUAAUUCCACAGAAAAUCUCAAGUCCAGCUCCCUCUGCACGGCUGCUACAGCAAGUGGUUCAGAUGGAGCUCCACACUAUGCAGAGGCAGACAUCAUCAGCCUGCAGGAGUCCUCAGACAGCAGCAUCACAGCUGUCAACAUGAGUCCUUUCACCGGCACUGAUCCGGCCAUGAGAGAGUUUCCCAGAGAGAAGCUCUCUUUCAAGGAGAAACUUGGAGAAGGCCAAUUUGGAGAAGUGCACUUGUGUGAGGCUGAGGGCAUGCAGGACUUUUUAGACGAGGAUCUGUCUACUGAGGAAAUCAGUAAAUCCCCUCUGCUGGUCGCUGUCAAAACUCUGAGAGAGGAUGCGAACAAGAAUGCCAGGAAUGACUUCUUGAAGGAGAUCAGGAUCAUGUCUCGUCUGAGAGACCCCAACAUUGUCCGCCUUCUGGCGGUGUGCGUGGACACAGAUCUUCUGUGGAUGAUCACAGAGUACAUGGAAAACGGAGACCUCAAUCAGUUCCUGUGCAAUCUCAGACUAAACGAAGCUCCGGAUGAAGACAAGCCAGAGCAAGAGGAGGAAAAGGGGGAUUCAAUAAGCUAUAUUAAGCUGAUCAGCAUGGCAGUACAGAUAGCUUCUGGUAUGAAGUACUUGGCCUCUCUCAACUUUGUCCACCGCGAUCUGGCGACUCGCAACUGCUUGGUUGGGAAGAACUACACCAUAAGAAUUGCCGACUUUGGUAUGAGUCGGAAUCUGUACAAAGGGGACUACUACCGCAUCCAGGGCCGAGCGGUCCUGCCAAUCCGCUGGAUGUCAUGGGAGAGCAUCCUCCUGGGUAAGUUCACAAUGGCUAGUGAUGUUUGGGCAUUUGGAGUGACUCUGUGGGAGAUCCUGACCCUGUGCAAGGAGCAGCCGUACUCCCAGCUCUCUGACGAGCAGGUCAUUGAAAACACUGGCGAAUUCUUUCGGGAUAAAGGCAAGCAGGUGUACCUGCCCAAGCCCCCCUGCUGUCCUGACACAGUCUACAACGACCUGAUGCUCACCUGCUGGAGGAGAAACGCCAAGCAGAGGCCGAGCUUUCAGGAGAUGCACGCUCAGUUGCAGGAGAGCAUGUCAGCAUAGCAGAACUGAUCUGCAAACUUUCUGCAAUGAACUGUUUGUUUCAGACAUAUGUAACAAAUCUGGGGAUGGGGGUGUACAGAACAGCUUUAACAGCUAGACUACACAGUGUGAUGUUUGUCUAUCACACAGUGCAUUCAUGCUUUGAUCUAUUUAUUAUUCACUUUUCAUUUUUUAUGCUACUCUUAUGUAUUUUAUUGCACUUUUUAAUGAAAAUAUGUUAUAAAUAUCUGGCCUAAAACUGUAUUCUUAUUUGACUAUUUUGAAAAACAAAUAUGACAUGAUGAAACCUGUAAUCUAUAUCUAGUUAAAAUGUCUAAGCAUUUUUAUGAACAAAAUAUUUAUAAUAUUAUAUUGUGGGUUUGUAGCAAACUGUUUAAACUGUUUUAUUUUAACUCUGGGGUUCUUGCAAGAAAGAAGGAGACAAAUUUGUCAUGUGCUGUUGUUUUCUGUUUUGUCUCAAAUUUGGUUUAAUUGUUAUCAGUGCAACCAAUGCUAGAAUAAGACAUUGAGUAGAUUUUUUUUCAGGCAAGUGAAAUUUGUUUUCUUCACCCAGCCUCUCUGAAUUCACCACCGCUGAUGUACAGGACCAAUCUGCAGCUAUUUAUUUUUUAUCUAUAUGUUAAAAAUUUAAUUGUUUUUUGUUUGUUUUUUAUCUUGACAUGUUAAGGGUUUAUGUCUUAUGUUAGCAGUGAAGACAGAAACUAUUUGUUUUUGUCAUUAAAAAAAUAUAUAUAUUGGCUUCACACUGAAAUUCCACAGGGCACAGUGGAUAGUUUAAAUCAAUAUAUAUAUCGUAUAGAAAAAGAUAACCUUAACUUAAAUUGACUCAAAGCAACCUACUAAUUAUUUUUAUGAUACAAAAAAGGCAUUAGACCAGAUUAAUUUCAGUUGGUCUAAGAAUGUUUUAUAGCCCCAUUGCCAAACUAAUCAAAUGAAUUGAAAUCAUAAAAUUAAACCAUUCUUCCCAGAAAAAUAGAAUAUAAGUUACUUCAUAGCGAUGUGAUGGCUUACUUAACAGCUUACCUGCAGUUGCUAAGAUGGGAAAAAAGAUUAACAAAUAUGCGUAUUAAAAUAUAUUUCCACAAUA